AUGAGAACACUUUCCCGAAAUGCAACUACAGGGUUGGGUCGGUCUGCUAAUGGAUUCGCUAUAAAAUCAGGAGUAGAAAAGCGAAGUUUCAGUGGGAAGCAACUAGGCAAGAAUGCAGGGAAGUCGAAACCACGUCUGAAGACAGCUUCCAUUGAUGUAAAUAGUGCUUGGUACAGCAGCACUCGUGCGAAUCCAGGUUCUCUAGAGAUGGGUCGCUAUGGUCUGAAGCGAUUGGACUACAGAACAAUGGAAACUCCAGUUUGGAGCAUCCCACCCCACCCUCCAACAAAAUCAACUUCAGACAGAGUCGUAUUUCCCAUUACUUUGUUGACAAUCGGCAGUAUUAUUGUAUGGGCAUACUUGAAUCCAGAAGACGAAGAUAUGAAGGAUUAUUGGAAACGAGUCGAAACAGGACAAAUUCUUGAGGAUGACGACGAGGACGACGAGGACGAAGACUAG